AGAGGCAGAGGCAGAGGCAGAGGGUGUGUCCGUCUUUCUUGCCCUCCACCACUGGUUGCUUGCUUACUCGCUGUAACGACGGACAAGAAAUUCCCCUUCCUUCCUCCCUCCUCUCACCUUUCCUUUCUCUCAUCUCCCCCUCUCGGCUCUUCCUUCCUUGCUUCCUUGCUUGCUUGUAGUAACCCUACUUUGCUUCCUUGCUUGCUUGGAGUUGGUUUUGUUUUGUCCGGGGGAGAAGGCCUUCUCCCUUUAUUUGAUGUGAUUGCGAGCCAUCGAUUCCAAAUCUUUGGUUUUGUUUGCUGCUCCGUACCCUACUAAUCUGAAUUGUAACCGAUCCUUCCACGCUCCGAUCAGGUUCUUCUUCUUCAGCGUGAAAGGUCCAUCCACCUCGGUUCACACCACACGACUUGAAACCCAAGGCUGAUUUGAUCUCUUUGGUUUGGUGGAAGUGAUCCAGACUCCGGGGUUACAUCGAUUAAGCAGACUGAACCAUGUUUCUUUCAUAUACAAGUUUAGAUCUCAUAGGUCAGGUGUGAUUUGAUUUUUCGAGUGGAAAGGAUCGUGUGCUUGCUCCUUGUUGCUAGAUGCAGAGUACGGGCGAGAUGAGGCCUGUGCACAACACUGUCGAUACAGUGAACGCGGCCGCCGCCGCCAUUGUCACGGCGGAGAGCCGCACACAACCUCCCGCAGAGCCGCGAAGGAAAUGGUCUGAUCGGUUGAGCAUGUACUUCUGCUUUGGAGCUCAGAAGAAUGGCCGGCGCAUCAACCAUGCUGCCCUUGUCCCGGAACCUGCACCUCAGAGGACAGAUGCACCUGCAGCAGAAAUUCCAAACCACCCACCGCCUCUGGUGUUCCCCUUUGUUGCUCCUCCACCCUCUCCUGCUUCUUUCCUCCAGUCAGAACCCACAUCUAUUGCACAAUCACCAAGGGUCGGCACUCCGACUUUUUCGUCACUCUCACCAAAUUCUCCAUCCCCCACAGGGCCACCAUCCAUCUUUGCUAUUGGGCCAUAUGCACAUGAGACACAGCUAGUCUCUCCUCCAGUCUUCUCAGCCUUCACAACUGAACCAUCAACUGCUCCUUUCACUCCUCCACCGGAAUCUGUCCAUCUGACCACCCCUUCCUCUCCAGAGGUUCCAUAUGCAAAGCUUUUGACUUCGAUCAACAACAGCAAGAAUGGUGAAAGGGGUGAUCUUCAGUCGUACCCAAAUUACCCAGAUAGCCCAAUAGGGCGUCUGAUAUCGCCAAGCCCGGGUUGUUCUGGCACUUCCUCCCCAUUCCCUGACCCUGAGACGCAGGCUUCCCCAUAUUGCGCUUUCCCCUCAUUCCCAAUUUGUGAGCCACCAAAGAUAUUGGAUGGUGAGGGCGUUGCAACACAGAAGUUGAUACCUCGCCAUAUGCGCAAUGGUGGUUCCCUUUUGGAUGGCCAUAUUACAGCAGCUGUACCAGUUGUAGACUUCUCUGCCCGACUUCAACACAAUGAUCAUGCUAUGGAUCAUCGGGUGUCAUUUGAGUUGACUGUAGAAGAUGUCGCGCGCUGCCUAGAGAAGAAAACUGCUAUUUCUGGGGAGCCUAACGCAUCAUCUUUUCGUCUUGCACCCACCAAUAAUGGUGGUCUCCACAGAGAAUCUGGUGAUACAAGGGCAGGGCUAUACGUUGACGAAACAUACCAUGACUUGCCUGAGAAAGCAAGGCGCUCGCUGUCCCUUCGCAUGGCCAAAGAAUUCAAUUUCAACAACAUUGAUGCUACCAAUGUGGAACCAACCGUCGGGUCUGACUGGUGGGCAAAUGAGAAAGUUGCUGGGAUCACAGCGGAGCCAAAAAAGAGCUGGUCCUUCUUCCCAGUAGCACAGCCAGGGGUCAGCUAACCUUUGCACUGACCAUAACCUUACAAGACGAAGGAAUGAGCUUUUGCUUCUUCUACAAUGCUCAGUUUCGCAGAUAUAACUGUGUGAGAUGCAAACUUAUGAUAAACUUGUGAUUCUUAGUGGUAAUUCGAAAUUAGAUAGUAAUUCAAUGCCCAGCUAAUAUCAUGGUAUGAACCGCAGGAUUCUGAAGUCUCUGGUUAUGAACCGCAAAACUUCUCGUGGUGUCCGGUCGGUUGUAUCUUGAAACCGGUGCUGUUUUUGUACAUAAUAAACUAGUGAAAAGGGUAGAACUCUUCCUUUCAUCGGUAUUGCCAGAGGCUGUCAGCGAUUACCCUCCGCCCCUUAUUUUCUCUGCUGCUAGCAAUCAAAUGAAAUUGUUGAUACUA